UCUUGGCAUCACGUUCAGCUGCGAUACUAUUACUGCCUGUUUAUUCCACUUCCUCCUUCAUUCUUCUCCUCUAUUGAAUUUGAACUCCAGUGUCGCUAUCCCAUUUCUAUAAUUCCAUCUCCUCUGUUUUUCGAUCUUGGGUUUUUGUUGAAGAAAUAUGUUGUAGAGCACUGAUGGACUGGAAAGGAGCUGGUGAAAGUUGGUCUGUUAGCAAAAGAGAAGGAAAAUGACGUUGAAUCUGAGAGGAAAUUGGGUGGGUUGGAGCAGGAGAUGAGGAUUAAGGCGGAGAGACAGAGCUAGAGACAAUCCUGUGCGUUCCCUAAACCUCGAACUCGUGGUCGCAUUUGUUGCCUGACCUCAUAAACUCUUCUUCAGUCCUUCUUAAUUUCCAAAACCCUCGUCAUGACUGAACCAAUUUCAUCUUCGGAUCUGACUUUCAGCGAUUUAUCAUCCGAGUUCGAUAGCCUCCCUGUCCCGUCUAUGGAUCCGCUCUUUUUAUAUGGCAACGACCAGGCCAUACCCACGGAAGCAUUCGCUCCAGAUCUUGAUUUAGCCAUCGAGUUUGGGAAUGAUGGCGAUUUGGAUAUUUCCUUUGAUGAUCUCAGCAAUCUCCAUAUUCCUCACGAAACCGAUGAUUUCCUACUCCCCUAUGGAUAUGCUCAACCGCCUGGAUCGCAAGAGUUGAAUGACGAUGGAGAGCAGUUGAGCUGCUACAGUACCAAUUCUGGCUCACAUGACAUGGACGGUUCUUCAGGUUCCGGCAGUCGGAAUCCUGAUGUUGCGGAGUUUUUGAAUUCACAAUCACCUGAGUCCGGUAGCCGCGAGCGUUCUGUGACACACUCUUUGGAUAAUUCAGGUGAUCAGACCUCGCAUCAUUCACUGCAUUUCAAGGUUUCGAGCUUUAAAUCGCCAGAUUCUGAUUCUUGCGAUCAGGAGUCUUCUGGUGGGUCCAUUUCAUCCCAGGAUUCCGGCAACGGUGGUUUAGGUGACUUGUGUGCUUAUGAAGUGAUGAAAACGUCUUCACCGGAUUCUCACUGUGAUGACAGAGACAUUUCUUCUCGUGGGAUUGCUGAUCAGAAUAUAAAAUUGGAGGACAUGGGUAAAAAUUGUGAUUUGAAAAGGAAGAAGCAACAGAAUGAAGGAAAUACUGAGGCGAGAACAACGAAGCACCGAAAGUCGUCGAUGCCUGUGGAGAAUACCACUCAACCGUCUAUUCUUAAUGCCAUCGACGAAGAGGAUGAGAAAAGGAAGGCUAGGCUGAUGAGGAAUCGAGAGAGUGCCCAGCUCUCCAGACAGAGAAAGAAGCACUAUGUGGAGGAGCUUGAGGAGAAGGUGAGGUCAAUGCAUUCUACCAUAGCUGAUUUAAGCAGUAAGGUAUCGUUUGUUAUGGCCGAGAAUGCUGCUUUGAGACAGCAAUUGAGUGCUGGUGGAAUGUGCCCGCCACCAGCUCCAGGGAUGUACCCUCAUCCUCCAAUGGCACCCAUGACCUAUCCAUGGGUGCCGUAUGCACCCUAUGUUAUCAAACCGCAAGCUUCUCAGGUUCCUCUGGUUCCAAUUCCCAGAUUAAAGCCUCAACGGUCGCAAUCUGCCCCGAAGGCCAAAAAGUCUGAUAAUAGGAAGACCGAGGGAAAAACUACGAAGGUCGCCAGCAUUAGUUUAUUGGGUUUGUUUUUCUUUAUAUUUCUUUUUGGCGGACUCGUUCCUCUAGUUAGCGUUAAGUUUGGAGGUAUAGGGGACAAUGUUUCUAGGAGGCCCAUCUCUCCUACUGAUAGGUUCUAUAGUCAGCACGUAGGAAAAGCUUGGGAGGUUAAUGGUCAUAGAAACAAAUCUGAAGGAGAAAAUGGAGUAGGAUUCUCUAAUGGGAAUUUGGGUAUUUCUGACAGAAUGGUAUAUGAAAAAGGUCGUAAAUUAGAAGAAACACUCAGACAGAAGGACUCACCAUGUAGAAUGAGCUCAGACGAUUUUGUUCAUAGAGGAAAUGCUAGUGAGCCUGAGCCUCUUCUUGCUUCUCUGUAUGUUCCAAGGAAUGAUAAGCUUGUGAAAAUUGAUGGUAACUUGAUAAUUCAUUCUGUUUUGGCUACUGAGACUGCUCAUACAGAAAAGAAUACGAGAGAAAAUGGAUUGGUAAUUUCUAAAAAUUGGGAUUCUGCGCUAGCUAUUCCUGAAGUUGGAAGGAACAGAGAACAUCCUCAGCCAUAUAGGAGCCCGUCUGAACCGCCUAAGGCUCUUGCUUCUGGUUCAGCUGAAACAUUGAAGAACCAUUUGAAGUCAACUGCCACUGAUGGUAAAAUGCAACAAUGGUUUCGUGAAGGUCUUGCUGGGCCAAUGUUGAGUUCUGGGAUGUGCACAGAGGUUUUCCAGUUUGAUGCCUCGCCGAAACCGGGAGCUAUAGUUCCAGCAUCGUCAGUAGCAAACGUUUCUGCAGUUAACCGCCGGAAUGAUACGAGCAUCAACAAGAGCAGAAAUAGAAGGUUCCUUAGCAAACUUCCACAUUCCCGUGCCAGAUCCGGUCUCAACACAAGUGAAGAACAUCAUGUGAGAAAUUCCCAAAAUGAGAACCUCCAUGGUAAUAAAUCGACAUCUUCCAUGGUGGUUUCAGUUCUUGUCGAUCCCAAAGAUGUGGGAGAUGGUGACGUGGAUGGGGUGAUGAAACCUAAAUCACUUCCUCAGAUUUUUGUGGUUGUGCUUAUAGAUAGUGUCAAGUACAUCACUUACUCGUGUGGUCUUCCUCGUGUAUCUCCCCAUCUCGUGACUGCCUGAUUGCCCCUAGGGAUGAAAAUCCUUUGGCUGGGACAAAAAUGUUUUUGAUAGAUUAUAACGUCUAACCCAUGACUCAGUUUCUCCGGCAAUCAAGACAGCAACUGAGCUCCAGUUUUGUACAUAACUACACGGUUUUUUUUUUUUUUUGACUAAUUUUAGUCUACUGAACUUUGUAAUAGAUUUCACAUGUAGACCUUGACUUUAUGCAAUAUUUCAAUGUCCUCACUGCCAAGUCGGACUCUAGACGUGAAAGAUGAAAGCAAAAUGCUCUCACCAACGAGUCACACAAUAUUUAGAUCUUGUUCUCUCCUUUUGUCGGAUGCAGAAGAAUUGGCUAUGUGUGUUAGUAAGACCUAUUAGUUUUAAAUCUUAUUAUUUAAUUACUAAA